AUGCAGCACGCUUUUAGCGCGAUCGCGCUCCUCGCCUCGACGGCCAUGGGCGACUCGCUGCGCCAGGUCGCGGUCGUUUCGCGCCAUGGCGUGCGUGGCCCGUAUGGCCCCGACGGCCUCCCGCCGACGCUCGCCAACAUGCAGCGCUACUCCAAGAACGCCUUCCCGUUCCUCGUCUCGGCCAAGGACUGGGGCACGUCGCAGAACGCGUCCGAGCUCGUCUCGCCCAAGCUCACAGCACAUGGCCGCAACGCGAUUCAGAAGAUGGGCGAGUACUUUGGGGCCCACUUGUACCCGUCGCUGGCGCAGCCGUCGACGUGCCACGCCACGUUUGCCUACGCCGACGACAACGAGCGCGACAUUGACACGGCGCAGGCGUUCCUCGAUGGAUUCCUUCCAUCGGCGUGCGCCGCGGUCAAGCCCGACACGAAUGGAUCCCGCCUCCUCUUCGAACAAGGCCAAGACCCGACCGCCGCGUGUCCUGCCACGUCACAGACGCUGUACAAGGGGAUUGUUGGCAAUGCGACCGCAGACAAUAUUGUGCGCCACUUGGUGCCCGAGAUCCAAGCACUCAACGACAUUGUCGACUGCUGCCAGCCCGACGUGUGCGCGGUGGCGUCGGCACGGUCGCUCUUGGCCGGCCCGCCGACGACCUGCACGCUCUUCACUGUGCCGUCGACCUGGAGCGGCAAGUUUUACGAGCCGUGGUCCGACGCGUUCUCGGAGGCGCAGUACCUCUCCGAGUGGUUUCUGCUGCAGAGUCUCAACAACAUGCCGCUGCCGCCCAACAAGACGCUCGACGAGAUGGUCGCCUUGGGCCAAGUGCACAACGCGCACAUGCAGCUCGUGACCAACCAAUUCAACGCCGAGAACUUUGGCAGCACGCUCCUCGUGCACUUGGUGGCGGGCAUGGAAGAAGCCAUCACGCGCGUCGCCGUGCCGAUCGCGCCAGGUCCUGGCCCGCACCUGCUCCACGAUGUCGCGUCGAAUUUUUUGUUUUACGCCGGCCACGACAUCAACUUGCUCUACCUCAAGAACCUCCUCCGGAUGGAGUGGGCGACCAAUGACUGGAACUUGAACCAACCCAACCCCGGUAGUAUGCUCUUGUUUGAAGUCCACGCCGACGCCAACAAGUCGGCGAGUACGUCCCAAGAGGAUUUCUUCGUGCAAGCCUACUUUGUCGCGGCCUCACCGCAGCAGAUCCGAGGCGCCGAGACGCUCUCGCCAACCAACCCGCCGAACCGCGUGCCCGUGAGCAUCCCGCAGUGCUCGAAAGACGUCGUUUUGGCCAACGGCGAACUCCAAGUGCAGUGCCGCUUCCAGGACUUCAAGGCUACGGUCGGAAAGGCCAUUCGCCACGCGUGUGUGAGCCCGAGCCUCCAAAGCUACGCGUCGACGCUGUGGCACGAAGAAGCCGCGUCGAUGCGAUUUGCGUGGUCCAUGGAAACCGUCGCCUUGGUGCUCCUCUCCCUGAUCUUGCUGAUCGUGACGGUUCGCUACAUCCGCCUCGCGCGCGCCCAUGCCUCGGCCGAGUAUGGCAAGUACGCGCCACUUGUCUAGGCCAUCACGCC